GCGGCGAACGAGCGACUACAUUUCCCACAACGCACCGAGUGCAAACAGAUGCACGCGAACUAGGUUGUAGUUUUUUGAAAGUUAAGUCUUGCAUGUUUCUUAUUUGAAAUGUGUACAAUAAGUCAUAUCGUGUUAAAUUUUGUUUUCUAUGUUUUACUUGAAUUUCCAUAAGGGUGUGUGGGGAGGGGGGGUGCUCACGUGAUGCACGGAAGUAGGCUGGGAACGGAAACAAAGACGAGCACAAGAAAGACAGAAGUAUCACUCUGAUGCCAUUUUGGAUGUUCUACUUCGUCGUUUGCAGGCGCAGCACGUCAACGUAAGUCAAGUACGAGAUGUAUUGAUGCUAUUUAUCGUUGUUUAAAGGCUUAAAGUAGUCAGCGUCUGCUCGUUCAGUUUUGAUGAAAGGUAUUCAGCGAGCGCUCGUACUUUGCUGCUCAAUAAACGAUCUCGGUGCUGGCUGAGGAGCGCGAGCAGCUAGCUAGCUAGCUAGCUAGCGAGUCGUCGGCGGCGCGUUAUGAAACCGCGAGAAAGUUCCAUCAUGAGCUCCCUGGUGCAGAGGAUCGCCCGGCAGGCCCUCGUCACCUUCCGCCAGCCGCCUCACUCGUUCCCCGAGGAGCACAGCCAGCUGCUGGGCCUGCUAAGCCAGGUGCGUGCCGCCGACCUGCGACUGGCCCCGCCCGGCUCGCGCCCUCCCCGCGGCGCCCCCCCGGUCACCUACAUGCACAUCUGCGAGACGGACCACUUCAGCAUGGGCGUGUUCCUCCUCCAAAGCGGCGCCUGCAUCCCCCUGCACGACCACCCGGGCAUGCACGGCCUGCUCAAGGUCGUGUACGGAAAGCUGCGCGUCAGCUGCUUCGACAGGCUGGACAGAGGCCCGGAACCGGGAGCCCCUCGGCCCUCCCGGCCUCAAGUGGGCGCCCUGCGGCGCUCGGUGCUGCGAUCCAGCGCCGAGUACACGGACGACAGCCAGCCGUGCGUGCUGGCGCCCGACCGGGACAACCUGCACCAAAUCGACGCCGUGGACGGACCCGCCGCCUUCGUGGACGUCCUGGCGCCGCCCUACGACCCGGACGACGGACGGGACUGUCACUACUUCCGGGUCCUGCAGGGCGCCGAGCUCAGGGAGUCUCACGAGCGAGAGGUCUGGCUCAUGGAGAUCGCCCAGCCCUUGUCCUUCUGGUGCGGGACGGAACCCUACCCGGGGCCCGAGGUGCGCCUCUGAGGUGACCGCCGAGGCCCCCGGACCCGCCGAGUCGGGUGACCUCACGAAAGACGCCGUGAUUGUUCCGUGAACGAUUGCCGUGUCUUUUUCCCCCCGUGGCGCAUAUUUGACAGCACGGUGGUGCCUUGACUUCUGAGUUUUUCCAGCUCCGAGAGCCUUCGCGCGGGCCGUUGGAUUGAUAUUAUUUUUUUAAUUUUUGCUUUGUGUUGCCAGCCAAAAUUGAAGUUGAGCACAAGAUUCAGACUCGCUGCUACUAAAGUGAAAAUGGAGCAGUUGAGAUCCUUUUAAUGCCCUGGCAUGCGGGCAAGGAGAGCCACAGUCGCCCUUUAUUGAACGGGGCAAAUGCAAAAUACAAACACUGGCAUUUGAGCUGCUAUAGAUCACGACUCACGCGCAGAUGCUCCCACGCAGGCCGACCGGCCGACCGACUCCAGCUCUCCCUGGGCCACACCCCUUUUAAAGGCACACACAUGCCACAGUAUUUGCAGUUGUUAUCGUGGUUCCAACAACAACACAAAUAUUAUCCAUUUUCUGCACCGCUUCUCCUCACGCGGGUCGCGGGCGUGCGGGAGCCUAUCCCAGCUAGCUUCGGGCGAGAGGCGGGGUAUAAAGCAAUAAAAUGCACAUAGUGUACAGUAUCACUGUACAGUAUGUUGAGGAGUUCAAAAGGUCUUUAGGAGUAAAAAAUAAAAGUCUCUAUCAGAGUAUGGUGACAGUUAAUAGUGUGGGGACGAAAAAUAAGACUGGUGAGGUUCAUACAACUUUAAAAUAUGUAUAAAUAAUAACAAAUAUAUUUGGGCUCUACCUUGCGGUUUUCACCUAUUGCGGUGGUGGUCCGGAACCUCACCCCCACCAUAAACGAGUCGUUGUACUUUUUAAAAGCACUCACUUUUAGCUUUGUAUAAACUACAGUGGCAUUUUUGUCCAUUAAAAACAAAAACAUGUGGAAAACUGGUUUGAAAUAGGAGUAAAUUGAGUUACGAGCUUGGUCACCGGAUAAAAUAAACUCGUAAGUCAAGGUACCGCUGUACAAUAAAAUCAUGAAAUCUCUUUUCGAUGUACUCACAAAUGAUCUCCGCUGUUCGUGAAUUGUGAAAAUAUGGAAAUAAUUGGCACUGGUUCUAAUUGCAUUGGGGCUGGGGGGCUUUUCUUAUAUGAUAGACAACCAAGAAAUGUUUUCGGGGUUGCCACUCCCCCCAAAAAUAUUGUAACAAAUUGGGGGGGGGGUAGAAGCAAAAAUCUGCCAUGUCCGCUGGACUCGGUUGGUUUGGUUGAUUGUAGCUUCUGCCAUCUAGUGGGAACGCUUGGAAUUGUUCUGCCCGUCACAAUGCGCGGCUGGCACAGACCACAAUGCUGCAGAUAGGGGGCGCCAGAAGGGGAGAAAACAGACAUGCGCCACGUCAUCUGGAGAAAGAUGGGUUUUGUAAGCAUCGUCGAAGCUGCUUGAUUCAACUGUGAAGCUUUUGCCGCUCGUCUUGACGACUUUGAAACAUUUCAGGAUGACAAAUUUGUAUUUGCAAUUCUGACUGCAAAUAAACACAAUUGAACGAACUCAA